AUGGCAAAAACAUCUCAAACCAUCAAAAAAACAAACCAACCUUUUAGAAUCAAUAAGAAAUCAAAAACAGUUUUUGACUUUAAUCUUUCAAACUUAAAAUAUAAACAAGCCGUCGCUCGUAUCCUAGAUAAUGAACUCACACAAUUGGACCAUCCAUUACCAUUUACUCGCUUGGAACUCGAACAACUCUUGGAUUUUGGCAGACGAGUUUCGUGCAAAAAAAUUCCACGGCCACAAAACAAAUGGGUUCUUUAUAGGAAAGCACAGGGAAUUAAACUCAGUGGAAAUGGAACUGGUGUGAAACCACAAUUUCAUGCUGUCGCCAAAAUUAUCGGCAAUCAGUGGCAGGUAGAGGAGUUAAGCGUGAAACAAUUCUUUGAGUUCCUGGCGGAUAUUGGAAAAAGAGCACAUCGAGAAGCCUUUCCGCAAUACAAAUAUAGACCGAUAAGACGUUCCGAUCCUUCUAGCGAGCGUAAUUACGAAUGGAUAAAAGAAGACUGCGAAGCAAUUAGAUUAGCUGCUAGUUCAGAUACACAAAGUGUAAAAUCAAUCGAUGAAAUAGCAAAUCCAUCAUCUAUUUCAAUUCACUUUAAAGAAUUCUGUUCUUUAGUUGACCAUCAGCAACAGAUGUCAACAACUAAUAACAAUAUUAAUUAUGACAUUAACUACAGAAGCAUUGAGAAUCCAUACGAAAUAAAUCCCUCGAUUCACUACUCAAAUUCACCUGAAAUACCGUGCAGCUUUAUGAAUAUGCUACAACAAGAACCAGAAACUCCUUAUCCUAAUGAUACACAUCCAUCUUUCUCAACAUCAUCAGAAAUGCAUUUCGAAACACAUUUUGAAAUGCAAAUUCCUCAAUUUCCACCAACCACAAGUCUAGAAGACAUGUUGAACUCAUGGCCAUUUACAUCAUUUACAAGUGAAUUGGAUUUUUAA